GUAUUUCUUAUCAUUCUUUCUUGUUCAAAAAAUUGGAAAAAUAAAGGUAAAAAGUACUUACGUAAAGUGAUUCUUUCUACAAAACUGUACAGAAAUUCAAACUGUAUGAAAUUAUAAAGAAUUGUAUGUACUUUUCGCUGUCCACGUACUCUUAAAAAUGCUUACGUACUAUCUGCGGCACUUUCAAAGAUUUCAAAAAUACAAACAGCUGUCACUCGUAUUAGUAUUGUAAUUUGAACAGAUCUAGAUCACUUCUAACGUCAAAGCUUUCCUCCAUCUCGAUAAGUUCCUCCAACAAUGGCUUCACAAAAAAGCGAAAAAGAUGUCCAAGCCAUCAUAAGAGAUCACGAAGAUCAACUGAAUCGUUACAAAAAACGAUUACAAGAUGUGGUUGCCGCACAUAAAAAAUUGAUCGCAGAAAAAGAACGUCUUGAGGAAACCCUAGCAGCUGUUACAUCUUCAGCGAAACAGUCGAGCAGUAAUGAUGGUCUAGAAAACGUAGUCGAUUCUGAUAAAGAAAUAAACGAAUUGAAAUCCAAAAUCAAUAAACUGGCUCAGUCGUUAUCUUCACUUUCGGAUGAAAAGCGUCAAAUGGAAGAGCAGUUUUUAACUGAGAGAAAGCAGCUCAUUCAACAGAUCAACCACCUGGAGAAAAAACUCAAAAAUCUGUCCGCAUCGGUCGGAAAUUCGAAAAAAAUUCAAGAAGUAGAAGUUGAAAACGUGAAAUCACAGUUGAAUUUGGAAAAUCACCAAAGAGAGCUCGAAUUUUCUUCUACGAUUAGAGAACUUCAAAAAAUCCUCAGCGAUGAAAGAAAUAAAAGAGAAGAAAGAGACAUGUACAUCGAAAAAUUAAAAAACCAACUGAAGGAAGCGCAGAUUAAAUUAAACGAAAGUAAAAAAAUAGAAAAUAAUCUGCUAGUUCAGUUGGAUGAUGUGAAACGAAGACUCGAUAAUGAAACUGCUCCUCACGUCGUUAUGGAGAAACUAGAACGUGAAAUACAACUAAUGAAGGAGCAACAUAAUUACACUAUUCAACAAGAGCAAAUGAGAGCUUUGAAAGCUGAAGAAAGAACUCGAAGAUUGGCAGCCGAACAUGAAAACAGAGUAUCCAAAUUGGAACAAAGAUUAGCUCAGCUUUCUGAUUUGGCCAGUAAUCACGAUAAAUAUCGACAAGACGAUCAAGAAACUAUUUCAAAAUUGAAAAAUCGAUUGAUGCAAUUGGAAUUAGAAAACACUAAUACCAAGUGCGAAGACGACAGAUUGCAAGUUACUGAUGAAGCCUUAUUCCAACAAUUACGUAACGUGAAGCAGCAGUUGAUAAUGAAUUGUAAAACUUCCUCCGAGCUUGGUCAUUUAAGAAAUGUACUGUUAGAAGGCUUAGAAAGCAUUCAAAAAGACGAAAUUAAACAUUACAAACAACAAAAUUUACAACUCAAACAGCAGCUCGAGGAUUACAAGCAGAAAAUCAGCAAGCACCAGAAUAGCGAAAAAAUCCACAAUUUAAAAGCCAAACUAUCAGAACUAGAAUCAAUCAACGCUGACUUACAACAAGAACUUAAAGUUAGAAUUGAGAAUGAAAACAAGUUGAUCGAAGACGAACGUCAAGUUUGGAAAGCGAAGCUAAACUCGGUUGAAUCCGAUUACAGGAAUAAAUUAAUCGUCAUGGAACGUGAACUAGUCAAACAACGAGAAAGAGUUACCGCUAUCAUUGAAGAAAAAGACAAACAAUUGGUUAAUUUACAACAGCAUUAUUUCCCAGUUUACCAAUUCAACGAUGAGACUCCUGCAGAAGUUAAAAAACCAUCGUCGAGAGCUCCUCGAAGACAAAGCUCGACUCUAAUUUAUUAUAUGGAAGAUGUAGCUCGCAAAGAAGCUGAUAUCAAUAGGCUGCGUAAAGAAAAUAACGAUUUGCAAGUUAAAAUGCAUGAAAUAGAAAGAGAACAUUAUCAACAAAUGCAAUUGUACACGCAACUGCAGCAUGAUAUUAAAAGGUUGGAGAAACAACAAGAUGGAGCUGAAGAGUUGAAUACGCGAUAUUUGAAGAAUGUUUUUUAUAAUUAUUUAGUAACUCCAGAGAGUAAAAUGAGAUCUCAUAUGUUGAAUGCUAUUUUCGCAAUUUUAAAGUUCAAUGAUUUAGAAAUUAAUAAAGUUUCGAAAUUGACUACUAAAAAAUAAACAAAUUUGUUUCCUCGGUGAAUUUUCUUGUCUCAUCUAACGAUGACUUUUUUUCGUUGUAAUGAUAAAUUAUUACGAUCACGGUUAAUUUAUUAAUAAUAUAUCCUUUGUUUACCUUCUAAGAGACAUAUCAUUAUACUUUCAUGUUAAAAAUAAAAAUAUUAAUUUUUCAAACUUA